CGUCUGCUGCAGCAGGAUUGUGUGCAACAGCAGCAGCAGCUGCAGCAGCAGCGGCCACAGAAGCAACAGUAGCAGCAGUCGCAGCAGCAGCAGCAGCGGCCACAGCAGCAGCAGUAGCAGCAGCCGCAGCAUCAGGAGCCACAGACGCCACCCCAGCAGCAGCCACCCCAGCAGCAGCAGCAGCAGCAGCAGCAGCAAAGAUGGGGGAAGAAGCAGCUCGCCACGUGGCUGCUUAUUUGGAAUACGACGCCCUCGUGGGAUCGACAGCUGGGGAUCGUCUUCUGUCUCCCGAGGUGUCUGUACACCUGAGCUGA